AUGUAUAACCCCAACCAAAUUAGUUUUCUUACAUUUGUAUCCAAUAACAGCACAGAAAUAGAAAUUGAUGAGCAGAAUAUAUUAGUUAUUGUUCUAUUACUGCCUCCUGGGCAGAUAAAGUCAACAAUAACAAAAUCACCACCAG